CCGACCCGGUGGAUCGCUCGAUCGCCUCGGCCAUCCCACCGCCCACCACCUCGUCGCGUCGCAAGUCGGCAGCACGGCGAGAAACAAAGAAAAAUGAAAAUAAAGGAGACCUCACCUGGCGUGACCGAUCGAUAUCAAGCCGCGAAUAAAACGGAGGAAGCCGUAGUGAAGCGAACACCACCACCACCCACGCGGAGGAGGAGAAGAAACAUCACGCGAGAGUACGAGACGAAUCGAACCCGCGAUCACCACUUCACCGCCGGGUUCUGCCUCGCAUUCUGGGCUCCUCCUCGUCUCGCGGCGGCGGCGGCGUCGGUUGGCUCCUCCGAUCCUACGUCGCCGAUCGGACGUUCGUGCCAGUGGCCACCCAACCUUACCCUGGUGGUGAUAGGUGAUGUACACGGCGCCGGGGAGGCGAUGAGUGGCAGCGUGGGGAGGAGGACGUCACCGGCGGCGGUGCGGCACGGCGGCGUGAGGGCUCCUCCGAGGAGCGACAAGGUGAUGGAGAGGCCCAACUCGAAGAUUCCGGCGAUGAAGGCGUCGUCCUCCAAUGCUGCGGCGCCCCAGAUGAUCAUGAACAGGAGCCAAUCCAGGAGAGACAGGAAGAUUGCACUGCAGCAAGACGUGGACAAGCUGAGGAAGAAGCUGCGGCACGAGGAGAACGUCCACCGAGCUCUGGAGCGCGCCUUCACGAGGCCACUCGGCGCUCUCCCUCGCCUUCCACCUUACCUGCCUUCUCAGACGCUGGAGCUCCUCGCCGAGGUCGCGGUCUUGGAGGAGGAGGUCGUCCGGCUCGAGGAGCAGGUCGUCAGCUUCCGGCAAGGGCUCUACGAGGAGGCUGUCACCAUCUCCAUGGCGAAGAGCGCGUACUUCUCCGACACCGACCGGUGCACGCCGGCGCGCCAUGGCCAAGUUCCCGACCAAGCUGCUAGUGCUAGCUGGUCGUCUCUGAAGCGAGUCACCAAUGUCAAGCAGACGCCAAGAAGGACUAUUCCUUCCAUGAACCAUGGAGGUGAUCGUCCUGGGAAGGAGAACCAAUCGUGUACCACCAACUCUUUCAGAGAUCACAGCCGGUUCCCUCUGAAAACCGUGCCAAAAUGCAGUAAUCCAGAAGAGGAGAAAUGUGCCGAUUUUCAGACAGUUAGUGCAGUGAAAGAUCAGAAAGGUACUGAGGACACCACUGUCAUUGAUUCAGAAAACAUCUCGACAGAAGCAAACAAAGUGUCUGAGGAGCUAUUGACGUGCCUACUGAAUAUCUUCUCACAGAUGAGGUCCUCCAGUGACCAAGAUGAGGACCGAUCAUCGUCUCCGUCGGUUUCAGGCUCCUGCGAGAGCUCCGACGGCGCCGCCUGCGCCGGCGACCCCUACGGCGUCCUGGAAUUGGGUAGCAGGGACAUUGGUCCAUACAAGCAAUUCAGAGCAGUUGAUGCCACUUCAUUCGAUCAGAAUGUUUUUGACAACAGCAACUCCCUUCUUGACAGGAGAUUGAAUGUCUACCUGGCAAAAAUCAGGGCCUUGCUCCAGAAGCUCUCUUCAGUUGACCUAGUGGGCCUUUCCCAUCAGCAGAAGUUAGCAUUCUGGAUCAACACCUACAAUUCCUGCAUGAUGAAUGCAUUUCUUGAGCAUGGAGCACCUACCACCCCACAAACGCUGGUGGCAAUGAUGCCCAAGGCGACAAUCAACGUGGGUGGGCGCGUGCUGAGCGCCAUGACGAUCGAGCACUUCAUCCUAAGGCUGCCCUACAAUGCAAAGCAUGUAAGAGUGAACCCGAAGGGGGUGAAAUCCGGCAAUGGCGCGGCGGCGGCGGCGAGAGGGGUUUUUGGACUGGACUGGCCUGAGCCGUCGGUGACAUUCGCGCUGUCCUGCGGAAGCUGGUCUUCGCCGGCGGUGAGGGUGUACACGGCUUGCCACGUCGAGGAAGAGCUGGAGGCAGCCAAGAGGGACUACCUGCAGGCCGCCGUCGGCGUCUCGACGGCGACCAGCAUCUCGAUCCCCAAGCUCCUGCACUGGUACCUUCUUGACUUCACCAAGGACGUGAGCUCCCUCAUGGACUGGGUGUGCCUGCAGCUGCCCGGCGAGCGGCGGCGGCACGCCGUCGAGGCCGUCGAGGCCAGCCGCCGGAGCCCGUCGCCGCCGCCUAUCCAGGUUGUGCCGUACGAGUUCAGGUUCAGGGAAAUACACAUGAAGAGUUGAGAGUGAUAUAUAUCAUGUUGCUUUCCACUGAAGAAUUGGUGUUCCGUGUUCCUCCUACCUACAGUGACCGUCAGAGCCGACAAACUAAAACUUGACAGAGAAGUAUUGUUGCUAUUUUGAUUUAUUUAAAAAGGUGACAUUUGAAACUAACACUUGAAAUUUCAUCAGUUAGAAUCCCAUCGCUGCCUGCUGGUGGAUAUGCUCGAGGCAUCUUCCCCCUUUUAGAUGAUCAGUUGAACAACAGCUUCUCUCUCACUGAGCUCAAUCAACAGAAAUCCGCCACAAUAUUUUUCUAUCCAUGGUGUCGUAGUUGUAAUUUGUUUGGGGAUGUUUAGGCUUCAUUGAGGCUCCUCCA